AUCCGUCUCGGUUUCAUUUGGUCACACCUCCAAUGGCUACUCUCAAUUUCUCCCUCCUCUCUAAAACCCUAACCCCUACCUCAAAACCCUCUUCAAUCGUCACUUCUAACCUACCUUUUAUCCAUUCUCAAUCCCUAAAACCCAUUUUCACCCGAACCAUUCCGAACUCAAUCCGGCUUCGGACCCACCGAACAAAGGCGGCAGUGGAUGGGGAUUACUCGUCGAGGAGGAGCAGUAGUAGUGAACCCAGGGAGACGAUAAUGUUGCCUGGAUGUGAUUACAAUCAUUGGUUGAUUGUGAUGGAGUUUCCCAAAGAUCCUGCUCCGACGAGGGAGCAGAUGAUUGAGACUUACCUUAAUACGCUUGCCACUGUUCUUGGCAGCAUGGAAGAAGCAAAGAAGAACAUGUAUGCUUUUAGCACUACCACAUACACGGGAUUCCAGUGCACUGUAUCUGAAGAAACAUCUGAAAAAUUCAAGGGACUACCUGGAGUACUUUGGGUUUUGCCUGAUUCAUACAUAGAUGUGAAGAAUAAGGACUAUGGAGGUGACAAGUAUGUGAACGGAGAAAUAAUUCCUUGCCAAUAUCCUACUUAUCAGCCGAAGCCACGCAAACAAUCGAAAUAUGAGAGUAAAAGGUAUGUAAGACAGAGGGAUGGACCUCCUCCUGAGCAGAGAAGAGCAAAGCAAGAGGCUGCUUCUUCAGAAUCACCCUCCACAUGAAACCAUGGCUGGUAGUCCUUAUUUUGAGAAAGAAGAGACUUGGUGGCAAAUCUGUUUAGCCAUGUCAAUUCAGUCAAGAGGUUAGAUUUUGUAAAAUUCUCAUCUGGAUGAAUAUAUACAUGUGAGAACUGUAUUCAGACUCCUGGUUGAAAAUUUAUUGUUAGUUGAAUACUACUACUAGCUACAACCAUUUUAUUCAUUAUGCUAGAAUAAUAUGACAGAUUUAUUUUCUUGAAA